GAGGAGCUUGAUAAGAAUUCCAGAGACCUGCCAAAAGCAACUAACAAUUUUCCCGCAGUUCUCCAGGGCCAAGGAAAGAGAGAGGAGACCUCCAGUGAUUCAGUGCUGUGGAAAGUACAACUAGAAUUGUUCCAGGACCUAUGACUUUUGCAGGGGAGGCUGGCUGGGGCGGGAGGUUCAUUUCCGACCAUUGUUGAAGCUGUGAAACCUUACGGCGUAGGGGAGGGGUUUGAAGGAAUGGGAGGGGGUACCCAGGAUGGGGUGGGGGGAAUUAAAGCACUUAAAGCAAUCCCUGGAAAAAACAAAUAGCAGUCCUACGCAGAGACAAGUUUUGGCAGCUGGCUGAGCAGAGACGACAUGGUUGGGAGGAUACUCUUGCUCGUUCUGGGACCCUUUUUGGUGCACUCUGACCUCAGGGCUCGGGACCCUGGGAUUGAAGAUGAGCCCGAUGAGGUCAUGGGGAAGGGCACCUGGGAUAACUUCCCCUCCACCAGGUUCGGACUGCACCAUCACACCAGGACACAUGGACACCAUUCGAAUACAGCUGGUCCCAGGGACCCCACAGCAGUGAGGCUGGACACAGCUCCUCCUACUGGAGAAACAGGGGGCACACACCAUCCCGCUCGCAUAGGGAACUGGUGUACCUUUGUGACCUGGCGCAUGGUGACAGUGGCAGUGUCCUGCGGCACAGAGAAGUACACCAUCAAAGCACAGAGUCCCUGUCCCAUCAGCUCCCCUGGCUGCCAGCUGGUCAUGUACAAGCUGUCCACGAGGCCCUUGUACAAAGAGGAGCAGAAGGCCGUGUCUUUUCUGGAGUGGCGCUGCUGUCCAGGACAUGGUGGGCAUGAGUGUGAGGACACAGUUCCAGAUGUCACUCAUGCCUCACAUCCCAGAGAUCAGACAACAGGAAGCAAACUGCCGGACAUUGAUGAUGCUCGAAUCCCAGGUGUUCAGGAAGCUCCACAGAUGACUGGGGAUCCAAACUCUGAACAGAACGAUGUUCAGCUUCCUAUCACACAGCUGCAAGAUGUGCACCGACCACAAAGAGAAAACAGCACUGUCAUAGACUCCUCACACCACAACAAAACCGUGCCUGUGGGUGUUUCUCCAGUCUCUCCAUCCCCCCCAGACUGGCUCGGGAUGCUGCCCCUUCCCCAGCUGACAGCCCUGCUGAUGGCACAACUGCAGCCCAUUCUGGACGGCUUCAACUCGAGCCUACAGCGCCUCUCCCAGGACAUGGCAGAGCUGCGGCAGGAGAGGGGGGGGGCAGGCGGCUUCGAGUCCAAGUUGGAGGAGAGCUUCAACCAGAUCGACCAGCUGAGAGAGCAGCUGAGAUCUAGCCAGGACAUCCUGGAGCAGCAGCGGCACUCCCAGCAGGCCUUGCUGCACUACAACCUUACCACUAUGAAGAUGGACACUGACGCCAAGAUCAAACGCAGCCAGAAGACAUUGCAGGUCAACUUGCAGGCACUCAACGCCUCCAUUGCAGAGGUGAAGCGAGAGCAGGAGAGUCUGGGGCAGGAGCCUGAGGGAAAGGAAGUGGAGCCUGAUGUUUGGGAAGCCAUCAGAGAGCUGAACCAGACAGUAGUUGAGAACACAGAGGUGGUCAGCAAUCUCCAGGAGGACCAAGAGCUCUCUGAAGUCAACAUGAAGGACCUCCAGAGGGGCUUCCGGAGUCUGAAAGACCAAUUUGAAGAAACUGUCAAAGACCUGAGGGUCAUGUUCAUGGAAACUGGCCUCAUCGUGGCUGAAGCUAAGCAGGAUGUGCUCAAUCGCGUGAAUGAGCUGGCCCAGAACUGCACUGAGUACGAAAACCAGUUGGAGAGCAUGGAGAGCGACAUCGACUACCUUUUUGUCCAGAUUUACAAGAACACAUCCCAGGGCUGUGACUGUGCUAGGCUGCAAACAGAGAUCUCCGCACUGGAACACAAUUUAAAGCACAUCACAAAUCUGGCCAAGGAGAAAAAUGUAGCUCUGGAAGAAGAUGGGGAAAUGCAGGAGGUCUGGAGGGCUAAGUGGAGCAGUUUGGUAGAGGACCUUCAACAGGGCCUGCAGCAAGUUCAACACUCUGUGGCCUUUGAGCAAGACAGAAGCAGGUCUCUGCUCCUUAACAUCUCCCAACUACAUGUGACCUUCCGGAAGAUCCACCAGGAGCUCACCAGCCUGCAGGAGACAGACAAUCAAAGGGUGAGUGAGACCAAACGCCUCUCCAGCUCUUUUGGGUCACUCUUGAAGGAUGCGGUUAGACAUACAGACGUCCUGGAGCUCCUCCUGGGGAUGGAGGUCUUGGAGUUCAUUAAAAAACCACCACAGGACACUGACAAGUACUCCUUUCCCGCUCUCCAUGCAAAGCUGCGUGAAAUGCAAGAGGAGAUUCAGAGCCAGAACCUGAGUUUGUUAACUCUUAAGAAGAUGUUAGAGAGCAAAGAGCAGGGAGACCCAGGCGCAGACACUGGAGCUGAACUGGCAGAUCAGACAACCAGAGGCCUAGCAAGAAGGAGUGGGGACCACAGGCCAUCAGAUCUCCCAGAGUCCCCUAUGCGAGACCGUCCUGAUGAUUCUGGUAGUGACCCUUGGGCCCUGGAGAAGCUGGUGCAAGUCCUGGGUGGCCGGGUCAGCACAUUAGAGAAGCAGCAGUGCCUCUCUUGCUGCGACUGCGCUGAAAAUACUGCCCCCACUGGCAAGGUGGGAGAACUGCAGGCGGCUGUGGAUUCACUUCGUGGACACCUGAAGGAUCAUGUCCAGGUCUUCCACAGCAUCUUUCGGAAUGCUGAGGGACUUGCUGCCUCCAACUCCACACUGGACCUGGACAGACUAUGGGGGUUAGUAAAGAGGAAAGAGAAAAAGAGAAAGAGGGGGCGCCACCAGGAGAGAGAAGAAGAGGAUCCACACAGGGGCCACAGAGGAGGCAGAGCCCCCUUGAUCCGCAGCAAGAAGGAUGCGGCCCUGGAACCCCCAGGGAUCCUGCGGCCAGUGCCCGAGUCGCCUGUGAUGUUCCUUGCUGGAACCCAGGAUGGCACCAACCAGGCAGGCGCGGUGCUGUUCGAGAGGGUGGUGCUGAACCGUGGGCAGGCCUACUCGCCCAGGACAGGGGUGUUCUGGGUGCCCGCUGACGGGGUGUACCUCUUUGUGGUGACUGUUGACUUCGGAGUGGGUGCUUCAUUGGGUCACCUGAAGAAGGGGGAUGUGGUUGUGGCCACCUUGCACCAGAACCAGAAGAGACCAGCUGGGCCCAUGACCCGAGUGUGCCUUCUUGAGCUGGCCCUGGGAGAGCAGGUCAACUUUGAGCUCGUUCAGGGGUCUGUGGAGAACAACCACCAGGUGGACAACACGUUUGGGGGAUUUCUUCUUUUUAGAACAACUUGACGUGCUCGGCUAGUCAAGACUUGCACAGGACAGAAGCAUCUGCACACUUAAAUUCCGUGUUUAAGCCAAUCCAAGGAUGCCAAGCUAGCUCCAGAAUAACAUUGUACCACAAAAAGGGUAUCUGGCAGAAUGUAUCCAUUGCUGUGAACUGUAUGGGAAGCAACUGUUAUGCUACAACUCUUCCAUGAAACUUUGUCAUGAAACAAGGUAUGAAUUGGGAGCUGUAUCAGCAUGUCUUGGCUACAAAGGAGCAAGCAGAGGUUAAUUCCAGGCUGAAAAGUAAGGAGAAGAAACAUUUUAGUAGUGGAGCCGUCUUCAGGUGUGUGAAGGCUUGAAGGUGUGAAGACCUGAAGAUGACUCACCAAAUGUUGCUUCUUCCUGCUUUUCAGCCUGGAAUGAAUCUUUCCUUGUUCUUAAAUUAAACAUCUGUUUAAACAUUCUAAACAUUUAUCUUAAACUCUAUCUCAUUUAUCAGAUUUUAUUUUGAAGGAGCAGAGAUACUUCUACAUUGUUAAAAUAGAAGCUUCCAGAGGUAGUCUUGGUUUGUCUUUUCUGUGUGAAAUGCUCCCAUAAGGCAUUCACAUCCUAACUGCUUCAUCUAAUUCAGGGUCACGGGGAAGCUGGAGCCUAUCCCAGCAAGUUAUGGGUGCAAGAUGGGGUGCAAUAUAAUUCAAAAUCAAUGUGUUUUUUCUUUUUCUCCAUACAACCUACCAGAAAUAUUCAUCACAAAAUUGAAGGAACUACUAUAAAGAAUAGACAAAAUCCUUUCUUUUAGCCCAGACAAUGCAUUCUAUCUACUUUGUCCCAUAAAAAUAUUUUAAAAAACUUUGCUGGUCUGGCAGAGAUUCCUGUACAGAUUCUGCAUUCUGCCAAAUCCUUAUCCAUUUAACAUAUCGAGAGCUGCUUUUAGUCCAGUAAGUACACUGGGCUCCUGCAAAACAAUGGACUUAUUUUCUUGUGCUUGAAUAAUUAAUUGACUCCAAACUUUCAAAUGCUUAUUGUUAGGUAACUAGUAUAAAUGGAGAAAUUUGUAUGUGGUAUAUGAUGGCGAAAAAAUAAUUGAAUACACUCAGUCCCGCAGGCAGGGCUUAUACUGUUUCGCAUGCACUACCACUUCUGGGCAGAAGAGGGAGCUGUAUACUUAACGCUUACAGUUGCACAAAGUAAAGGCUUGCUUUGUCUAAACAAAUAAAUAGAGAUCUAUAUCAUUUUA